AUGCCGUCAGUUCUGAUUGAUUACCUUCAGGCUGGGAUAGAGUUUCGAUGUGGGACUCUGGGCGUCAAUCGUGGAGCUGCCACGUGCCAGAGUGGGCAAGGUUGCCCUAAUGUUGUGAUCGGUAAGUACAGUACCGAAGGAGUCCCCCAAGUCCCCUUGCGAGAGUCUUCGGAAGGGGAUUUGAAUUCGUCCUCGGGAGGAAACACGGCCUUACCGUUCGCUCAGAGGCUGACGUUGGCGAAGUCAGAAGGUCGCGUCGAUCUGAUGGGCGAAGAGACGUCUGAGCGCUUCGACUUCCGCGCCUCGCGUGCCGUCAGUUCUCCAUUGGGUGAGUGA